AUGACCACAGAUACAGAGCUUCUCAGCAGUAGCCUCCGUGGUCUAAAGAUUGGCAAAAAUUCAACCUCUUCGGAUGAGGAACCUGUCAUAAAACAUCCAACCAGCCUGCGCGAGCUUAUAGAAAGUGUACUCCAGCCUGCGCUUCACGCUCAGCAAGACUUUGAGCCGAUCGUUGCAACCCAUCCUUUUUUCGAGCGGGCCAAAAAGCUCUGUCAAAAGCAUGAAUGGCCGAUGGAACGAUUCGAAAAUUUUCAAAGACUGCUAUGCGGGACUCGCAAUUUCCCCUGUAUCUUGCUUUUGAAUCCAAAGAAUGACCACCUUCCAUUCGAUGAGAUGGUCAAAGGAACUCGGACUCUAAUGUGCCUACGAGAUGUCCUGGAAGAUAUCGGUCUUCAACUUGAUGAUGUAAUAAUUAUGGACCUAUUGCCUAUGUUGACUGACGAAUGGCUGGAUGAACACCCCGAUGAGCGCGAGCGGGUGAUUCCUGAAAUGUUCCAACUAACCCUUGAUUGUAUUCGAGAAUUCAAGCUACCUAUCGUCAUUUCUUGUCAGUGCUUUCCCUCUUUCCGGCAUGAGCGUUGGGGUUCAUUCAACCAUGAUAUGGUGUCCGAUCUACGCUCAUCGAAGUCAAGUGCCCAGUGCUAUGAAGUUUCCAGCUUCCCUAUCGGUGAACAUUUGACACAUUGUGCUAAAGGGUUCCAUCCUGCCACGUUGUAUUACGGGGAAGAUGACAAUAAACAGAAAUUGGGCGAGCCGUGCGCAGCCUGGCGAAAAGAUUACAAUCUGAAGUUGGAGGAAAGACUGAUGCACGAAACACAGUCCAUCACAAAUUUGAUCCGACAACUCCAGCAACAUGCGGCUGAAUAUGACAAACUUCGCAUGAGCGAAAUUGCCCAGGGUAUCUUUCGAAAUGGUUCAAGCACACCCGAGCGAUGGAAUAAUCCAAAGAAAGCACUAGAUCUGAUUCUUGAAGCGUUGUCUUCCAACACGUCAGAGAAGUCGUGUGGUUUCGAGGACUUGGUCAAAGAAGCAUAUCCAUGA